CCUUCACAAUCCACACCGAGUCGUCGUACCCAGCCUGAUCUUACAUCUACUCGCUUAUACGACAGCUGGAAAGCACUUAUUCCUACUCUAGUCGACAUCCAACUAGACUACACUGCACGGACAUUAGGCGCGCCUCUCGAACGAACGCCAAAGGUUCUGUCUUUGUGCAGCUCGCACACAUGUGCACAAAAACGCACAUCUCUUACCUGUCUCUUUUUU